GCUAACAGCUAUCGUCCAUGGCUCAUGCGGGGCACCUUGAACAAGGACACCGGCGAGCUGGCACUCCUGAUUGAGGCUGGGCUCAAGACGCUACGGGCUGAGAGAGUUGUCGGGCGUCAGCGCAGCGAGGCUUUCCGGGAGCAACCGUGGAAACCUGCACAUGUCACCAAAGGCAAAGCUGCAGGCAAAGGGAGGCCAGACGCUGUCAGUGCGGGAUUUCCCCUCCUCAUGGAAAUCGCUGACGACGAUGAGGAGGAUGGCCAGGCCAAGGAUGAAAAUCAGUCAGCUCCGGAGGCUAUGGCGGUGGAGGGCUCGCAGGCUAAGUCCACCAAACGACCCCGCGAAGGGGACCAGAGCCGAGCGGGAAAGGAGUCCUGGGAAGAGAAAGAAUGUGGAGGACAGGGGCACUGUUUCUACAACUGUGUCACGGCGGGCUUUGUGCUCAAGACAUCGCAAGCAUCAUUCGAGGACAUCCAGAAAACCCUUCCGGAGAAGGGCCGAGGAUUGCGGGCGAGGAUUGCCACGUAUGUUAAGGAGCAUCCAGCUGCGUUUAGGCCGUACUUCCACGUUAAUGAGGGUGACCCGAAGGCAGCAGAUCAGCAGGCCGCCCAGGAGCAGAUUCGCAAAGUCGAGAAUGGCGAAGCACCGAAGAAUUGGCAAGAGUACUUGCAGGCCAUUUUCAGGCCGCAGAGAUAUGCCGACGAGAUUGCGUUCCGCGCAGCGGCGUCGGUGAUUCUGUAUCUGCGUCAUGCAUUGGGGCAUUACACGCUGCUGAUUCCCAAGAGUGAGCAGUUGCCAGAGUACGUCUUGACAGGUGCUGAGGUUCCCCAGCCUACGAGGGCCGGGGCUAUCAAACGUGAGCCCUCACCGGUGGGCGCCCCCGGAGGAGGAGUCCCAGAGCGUUGCAUCGUCGUCUUCGUCGCAAGACUUCACUUGCUGCGCCGAUACCGGCUAAGCAUGAGGUUUCAGGGACAGGUGACGGCGGAUCCGCCAACCGCGUCGGAACACUGGACCACUCGAGAUGCAAAGCGACGGAGUGAGCAGUGUAAGAACGCCAAGAAUCAGUUUGCGUGGAAGUGCGAUGUGUGCAACAUCACGUUGACCACUGGCCUGUAUGAUACUUUGAGGCGCCCUAUUCCCCUUGUGUAUGACUGCUCGGACCCUAAGUGGAUGUGCUUCCACUGCCGUUGGUUUCUCCCGGCGUGCCAUCGCCGUGUCAAAGCAAACUCGAUCGCCAAGCACAUUCGAGAAUGCGAGCAGUGCCCACUCCAUUGGAGUCCGAUCCGCAAUCUUUGCGCCAUCCUUGAGGAGCACGGGAUCCGUACUCUGGGCGAGCAUCAGGCACGGCUGGCUCAGCGUUUUCAGGGUGAAGUUGAUCUGAGGACAUAUCGGCCGAAGCAGUGUAAGCAGGAGCCGCCAUCGAAGCAGGACCCUCGCACCGGCUUCGUGCGUGACCUCACGAAGGACGGGGAUGUUGAGCGAAAUCCAGGGCCGUCCACUUCAUGUGACGGCGUCAGCAGGGGUCAUCAUACUAAGGUGUGCACGUGGAACAGUCAGGGCAGCCAAAACCUCUUGCGUGCAGCUGCAAACGGGCUUCUCUGGGGUUCAGGGGUGGUUAUGGUGCAAGAAGCGGGCUUGGACACACACCUGUGCCGUGAGCUUUCAGUGAUGGCGGCACGUCAUCAUUUCCACGCUUUCUUCAGGGAGGCUGAGUGCUUCACCGAUGUCAUCGGCAGGCCUAGGCGCAAGCAUGGGUUGGCAACUUUCGUUCACCAAGACUGUGCGGCGCGGCUAGUUCAAUCCACUGGAGUGCCAGGUACUUUCGAGGCGCUGUGCGUGAAGGUUGGGCGGACUUUUGUAGUCAAUGUGUAUCGAGUGCCGAGUGGUGCUGAAGCUGCGUACUGCGAUUUCCUUCAGAAUUCCAUGCAACUCGGAAAUCAUGUGGUGAUUGGGGGCGACCACAACCUUGAAGGUCACCAACUGUCGGGUCUUGAUGAGUUCAUCAGGUGUGUUCGGGAUGAAGGUGGGAUUCCCCUGUCGUCGAGGGUGAAUGGCCAGAGGUGCAUCGACUACUUUAUCAGUCAGGGCGUUUGCUUGUCAGAGCUCGGGUAUGGUGCUGAAACCUUAAGUGACCAUCAUUGUGUGCAUGCCACAGCUGAGAACCUUGUGCAUGCCAACCGGAGAGCCAGUGAUGACACCUUGUGGGUUGAACAGCCGACCACGAGAUACUGUUGCCCCGACGGCGUUUCGCUUGAGGCGUGGACUGCGACACAAGCCGAGGUUUGGCAUCAUGCUCACACUCCAUCCGAUGAGGGUGACACAGAGGAUGAAUGGAGGUGGUUUUGCGCCACUGCCGAGGCUGGGCUCCGUCAUGCCACCAAGGUCCACGGGACUUUGAGGGACCCGCCUAAUCGUAGGGCCAAGGGCACUCUCCAUCGAGCUCAGCGGGUCAGUGGCAAGUCGCUCCGGGCGGGUCAGCGCGGCCCAUAUGCUCUCCGGAAACUCUUGCGCCUUCAGGGGCGCAUUCGUGAAAUGUGCCGUCAGGUUGGCCGCGGCUUUGACGCUGCCCUCUCGUGCCAGGUUGAACGCACGUGGCCGGCGUCGCUCGGCGCGUAUCCUGGAAGUGAAGAUGCGGCUCAUCUGUUGAGCAUCGUGGAUGCAGCAGUCGCAGACAUACAUCGCAAACAGACACGCGAAGGCGUUCACAGGUGGCAAUGCAACCUUGCCAAAUGCGGGCGACAAGCCACGGCAUGGCUGCGCGGCAAGCAGAGGGUGCUCACGACCGUCUUGCCACAUGAAGACGAUCGUGUACCGAGCGAGGCUCUAACGAUUGGGGAUAGCUUGGGUAACAUCCGCAGGUUCUGGCGCACCGUUUGGCAUCGACCGGUCGUUGACAGACAGAGCGCUGUACGACAAUGGAAGCUUCAUGGCAGGAGGAGUGCAUUUCGCGGGAGGCUAGCCCAAAUCUUCACGGCGGGCAAUCUGGCUGCUCAGGCGAAGCGUAAGGCGGGCAGCUCCCCAGGAGUCGAUGGCUGGUCGGGAGAUGAAGUCGCAGAGCUUACGCCAGAGGCUUGGCGAACUUUUGAAACCCUGCUCCUAAGGUGGUUCCGUAGAGGAAGCUUCCCACAAGUGUGGCAGCAGUCGCGGCAGAUUCAUUUGCCAAAAGAUGAGCCGGACAUCAAAUCCGGAAGCUUGCGAGCGGAUCAAUUGCGCCCGAUUACCAUUAUGUCGGUCUGGUGGAGAGUGGUCGGAUCCUGUUUUGCCACCCACGAAGCUGUGCAGCGUUGGCUCGGCCAAAUUGUGGACGAGAGUCAGGUUGGCGGGCUACGACAUCGGAGUCUGCACAUGGGCAUAGGCAGCAUUUGCGAGAGUUUCGAGGAGGGUUUGGCCAUAGCCUCGCUUGAUUACCAGAAAUGCUUUGACAGCGUGUCGCCGGAUUUGGCAUGCGAUGUGCUUGCUGAGGCGGGCCUUCCUGGACCGGUUCUUACGGCCCUGAGGUGCAUGUGGCGUCAGACCCGUUUUCUGGAGCUGAGCGGCUAUACGUCCGAGUCCGGUGAGGUCGUGCAUACCUCCCUGCCGCAGGGCGACGCGAUCAGCCCGUUAGCCCUGAAUGUUUUACUGGCGGCCGCGUGCAAGGACAUUCGGGCUCAGAGCGGAGGACACUUUCGCCAGAGUGUGUUCCUCGAUGACCGUGUUUUGGCCACUGAUGCUGUUUCCAUGCCGGCUGCGCUUCAGAAGUGGGCUGAGUGGAGCAGGAUCCUUGGCUUGCAAGAGAACCAGAGAAAGCAGGCGGUGAUCUGCAACAGCGCUGAGGAGCAGCGCACUCUUCGGGUGGUUGGGUUAGGGCGGUUCCUGACGCAGCAUGUUAGGGUUCUAGGGGUUGAUCUGUGUGCGACGGUCGCUGCUGAGCGGCCUGUGGCAGCUGCGCGCAUGGAGGAAGCUCUUCGUCGCGGUGCUCGCUUGAUCAACACGGCCAUCCCUCUUACGAUCAGGCGCGAGCUUUGGAGAACGCGCAUUGUUCCACGAGCCUCGUGGGGACACUUGAUGGCUCCGCCAUCUGGGGUGUGCCUCAAGAACUUGGUGGCGACUUUCAAACAGGUCGCCUGCAGCCACAAGAUGGGCAGCACUGCCUUGCGCAGAAUUCUGGAAGGCCACGUGAUGGAUGUCCAUUUCAUGGCCGGCAUGCAUUCCAUACGAGCAUGGCGUAAAACAGGCCGGGCCGAAGCUUUGGCUCAGCACCUCAGUGCCGGCACAUGGUUCAUGGGCGUGGUCCAAUUCCUCAACGAGCAUGGAUGGAGGCAUGAGGCUCAGGGUACUUUUGUCACUGAGGGGUGCCGGCUUGAUCUCUUGGCCGACGAGCCGGCCAAAGCUGAUCAUAAGGUGCGCAAUCAGUGGCGUAAGACUCUCUUUCAGGAAUUCUGCUCGGCUUCGCGCAGAGAUUCUCAGAUGCUGCGGCGAUGGCGAUUCAAUGAGAAGCAGAUCGCCCAAGCGAGGGUCCUGUAUCAGGGAGCGUCUCAAGAGGGGCGCGCAGUGAUGCUGGGUGCGGCGCAUUCCACGGCCUUUUACCGUAAGCAACGAGAUGGUGAUGAGCUUCAGGGAUGCAGCAAGUGUGGGUGCAAUGUGGUCCCGUCAUGGGAGCACCUGGUGUGGGAGUGCACGGGCAUUCACGGCGUUGAGGACCGUCCGGUCCGACCCGCCGCUUCGGAGGCCAAUCGGCUGGGGUGGCCUAUGGUCGGAGAGAGUGUCAACGCCGCUGCGAAGAGGCUGAGAUGGAUGGGCAGUGUUCGGGAGCAAGUGCGCGAACGGAUGGGAUGUGAUGAGUAG